AUGAUAUAUAAGCAGUCAGAUGAAUCACACUUCACUAGCAAAAAACUGAAGGAUGAGUUCACGGUUAUAUGGGAUUAAGAUUAUCGGUCAUCUGCAUUACUUUCUUUAAUCUUCGAUCGAAGUAACACGCUUACAGUUUAUCUUAACUAUUGUCUGAAAAACAAUGUAUUUACUCGAUCAACAUUAUCACGUGAUCAAGGUAUAAACGUUUUUUGUACGAAAAAACAAAACUUUCAUUAUCGUUUUCAAGAUUUGGUCUCCGGUGAGGGCAGUAGUAUUGUAACUGGUGCUACCAGUCCAGCGCCUUCAACGAUCUCAGGAGUGACUUCACAGCUGGAUACUCUGUCGAUGGCAACUGAUGACAAUGAUCGUUAUCCUACAACAUCAAAAUUUCCAAAAACUCGACCGAAUGAUCUCAAUUCGAAACAAGGCGAAAGUGGACAAGCAAUUGGUCUCAUUGCUAACUACGUCAAGAUGUUAGCCGCACCUAAAUGGGAUUUGUAUCGAUAUCAUUGUGCGUUUGAACCUGAAAUCGAAUUACGGAAAUUUCGUCGUGAAACAUUGGCCAAUGCGGGCAUCAAAGAUGUGGCCUUCGAUGGAACGAUUCUCUAUUCAUUUGAAGAUUUCGGACCGGAAAAAGUUACGUCUGGUAAACACCCUGUAACUAAUGAAACAGUGACAAUCAAAAUAAAACGUACGGCAACGGCUGCACCUGAAUCACCCGAAUUUUUUCAUCUGGCUAAUUUAAUUGUCCGAAAAUUACUGGAAAUCGCUGGAUUGAAAUUACUUGGCCGAAACUAUUAUUCAUUUGAUAAAAAAAUCGAACUCGAUCGAUACAAAUUAACAUUAUUUCCAGGUUUCAUGACUGCUGUCAAUGUCUAUGAAGGUCAAUUAAUGAUCAAUGUCGAUUUAUCAACAAAAGUCAUGAAUAAACAAACAGUUUAUUCGAUUUUAAUGGAUAAGUUUCAACGUAUGAAUGACGCCAAACAAGCACAAGAUGCAUCCAUCAAAGAACUUGUUGGUCAGAUCGUUUUGACACCAUACAAUAAUGAAACAUACAAGAUUCUCGAUGUUGCUUGGGAUAAAGACCCAACGUAUCAAUUUACAAAACGCGAUGGCACACAGCAAACUCUAUGCCAAUAUUAUCAAGAAAAAUAUCAUAUCAAAAUCAAAGAUGAACAACAACCAUUGAUUUCAGUGAAAGCCAGCAAACGAGUUGCUAAACGUGGCCCGAAGAAGGACGAUCCAGGAGUGAUCUUUCUAAUUCCGGAAUUAUGUUGUCUAACUGGUAUUUCGGAUUCAAUGAGACAAGAUUUUUCAUUGAUGAAAGAAAUGAGUACUUACACACAUGUUGGACCAAAUGAACGAUUCCAACAACUGAACGGAUUUCUUCAUGAUAUUCAAGGACGUGAAGAAGGUCGUAAGGAAUUAAGUAAAUGGCAAAUUAGUCUUGAUAAAGGACUCGUUGAACUCACCGGUCGUACAAUGGAAGCUGAACCGAUUAUUUACAAAGAUCGUACGAUCAAAUACAAUCCACUUGAGGCUGAUUGGUCACGUGAUGGUCGUUCAUUAGCCCAUAUUUCAGCUAAACAUCUCGAUCGAUGGAUUCUCAUAUAUUCACAACGUGACUCUCAAAUUGCUCACUCGUUUGUUGAUGCUCUCUACAAAGUUUGCACACCCUUUGGCAUGCGGGUCGACUUUCCUGAAAUGAUUGAACUACCAAAUGAUCGUUCCGAAACAUUCAUUCGUGCCAUUGAAAAUAAAGCGAAUCCACAAAUGGAUUUAGUUUGCUGUAUUUUAACGAAUAAUCGAAAAGAUCGUUAUGAUGCCAUUAAGAAAGUUCUAUGCGUUGAUUGUCCUGUACCAUCUCAAAUGUUACUAUCAAGAACGUUGCAAAAACCAGGUCAAUUGAUGUCCGUUGCGACCAAAGUUGGUAUUCAAAUCAACGCCAAACUAGGUGGUGAAAUAUGGGCUGUUUCCAUUCCAUCAAAGACGAUUAUGGUCAUCGGUCUUUAUACUUCUCGUGAUUCUCAAUCGCGUUCAGCUCAAAUGGUUGGCUUUGUUGCAUCGAUCAAUCCAACAUGUACACGUUAUUAUUCACGUGUUAUCGAACAACGAAACAAUAAAGAUCUCAUUUCGGGAUUGAAAUCAUGUAUGCAAGACGCACUUCAAAAAUAUCAUCAAGUCAAUGGUGCUUUGCCAGCCAAGAUCAUUGUCUAUCGAGAUGGUGUAAACGAUUUUCAAUUGCUUGACGUUAUUGAAAAUGAAUUACCAGUUUUGAAUGAACUUUGUAUGAAAAUACAAGAAGGUUACGAUCCAAAAUUAGGUAUGGUUGUUGUCAAAAAACGUGGUAGUGCACGAUUCUUUGCUCGUGAUCCACGUGGCGGUCGUCAAUUAACCAAUCCACCACCUGGUACUAUCAUCGAUCAUACAGUUACUAAUCAAGUCCUUCAUGUGCGAGUGCCCCAGAUAAAACGUAUCUAUUCGAUGAGAGACCAACAUGGGAUGUCGAUACAUGAUGGUCAUGGUCGAGCUGCACUUCGGAAUACUUACAUCGAUAUUUCAGCACUAGCUGAUGAUUUAUGCACAUGGGUGAAGCAGAAUUCGGUGAAUACGAAUAAAACGAAAUCAAGUCACAGUUUGCAUGGUGAACCUGCUGUUUUCAUGUGGUAUCAGUUCUUCUUCAAUCUCUUGACACAUCUCGAACCAACCUGGAUUGCGUUUCGUGAAUUCAUUGCUACUUCGUAUACUGAAUUCCCUGAUGAUGGGAGAUUGAAACGAACUGUAGAGAUAUUUGAGCACACUUACACACCAGAAAAAGCCAUUUACUGGUAUACUAAAGAGUCUUUUCUAUAUCGAAGAGUAAAUGCAAGACUUCGAAGUCAAAACAUCGAUGCAAUAUUCGAAUGUCGAUCGAUUCUGUUCGAUCUUCAGAAACAAUUGCAACCUAUGAAAGAUGAGCAGAUAAAUGGAAGAAGGGGUGAAUUCAUCGAAGUUUAUCGUGGACAACAAAUGAGCCCGCACGAAAUACAAUACUUUCAUGAGAAUAAAGGUAACGUGGUCGCAAUAAGUCCGCUAGUAUCGACGUCCAGAAACAGACAACUAGUAGAAGCGUUUGCAAAAAUCAGCCUAUACAGUUCAGGAAUCUGCGGAGUGAUGUUAAUUAUUCGUAUUCCAUCGCAUGUUCAACAAGCAAUACAUGCAGAUAUCACACGUUUGAGUGCUUUUGAGCACGAAGAAGAAGAACUAAUAUGUUGGAGAUCUCUGUUUCGUGUGGAUGAAGUAAACCUACAAGAACCACGUCGAUGUGAGAUACGACUGACUCUGAUUGAUGAACAUGAUCCACAAUACCACCAACAACUGAUGACAUGGAGAACAAGUCUUGGUGAUCGAAGUUUCUUCACUGGUCGAUCCACACAAUUGUAUAUGCGAGAUCUGAACGAAGCCAAUGGACCAUUUCUAAGCUAUCAAGUGCUAAUAGAUAUCGUGUUACGACUCAAACCAACAGUUUUUGCAAGACAAGAGAUGUUCGAAUACUGUCGAACGCAGUAUGCGACAAGUCCUGGUAUCUUAACUCAGAUCGAUGAGUUUGAGAAAACCUAUACAAGUGAAAAUGCUGCUAAAUGGUACACAAAAGAUUCAUUUCUUUAUCGUCUUCUGAACUCGACUCUUCGACUGGAGAAGAUCGACCGGAUCUUCAAACUUCGUUUGUUCAUCCAAGAUUUGCACAAUCAGUUGCAUGUCUUACAAGAAGAAUACAUUCGAACACAACGUCUACUGCAUACUGAUGUGUUGAAACUUUAUCGAGGUCAAGUGAUGACGAAGACUGAACUAGACGAGUUCAAGAUCGGCAGUCGAAUGUCAGUGAACUGUUUCUUAUCAACAACAGUUAAUCCAACUAAAGCGUAUGAUUUUGCAUGUGAUUUCGAUGAUGUUGUUCAAAGUCCGGAUGUGUCGGUGGUGUAUGAAAUCAGUGUUGAUCUUACGGUACCGCAUUCGACACCAUUUGCUUCGAUCGCUGAUAUAUCUGUGAAUCGAUAUGAGAGAGAAGUUUUGUUUUCGAUGGCGGCUGUGUUCGAAAUCACUGACAUUGUGCAAGAGAAAGAGCGUGUGUGGAAGGUAAAACUGAUGGUUGUGAACAAAGCUGAUGAGAGUUGGAAUGUGUUGACUGCUCAUCUUUGA